AUGAGUCCUAGGAAGCGCGGAGGCAGCCCCUGCCUUUUUCCCUUGCAGCUAUUCUGUCUUUGCUGGGUGCUGUCAGUGGCCCAGAGCAAGACAGUGAGAUACAGCACCUUCGAGGAAGACGCCCCCGGUACGGUCAUAGGGACCCUGGCGGAAGACCUGCAUAUGAAAGUGUCCGGCGACACAAGCUUCCGCCUGAUGAAGCAGUUCAACAGCUCGCUGAUCCGGGUACGCGAGGGUGACGGGCAGCUGACCGUCGGGGACGCGGGCCUGGACCGGGAGCGGCUGUGCGGCCGGUCCCCACAGUGCGUGCUGGCCUUCGACGUGGUCAGCUUCUCACAGGAGCAGUUCCGGCUGGUGCAUGUGGAGGUGGAGGUGAGGGAUGUCAAUGACCACACGCAGUGCUUUCCCCGGGCCCAGAUCUCAGUGGAGGUGUCCUAGGGAGCGGCCGUGGGCUCGCGCUCCAAUGGGCUGCAGAGCGUGUGCCUGGCCGAGCCGCACAUCCCGUUCCGCGUUGAGCUGUAGACACGCGCGAAUGGCGCCCAGUGCGCUGACCUGGUGCUGCUGCAGGAGCUGGACCGCGAGAGCCAGGCCACCUACAGCCUGGAGCUGGUGGCCCAGGACGGUGGCCGCCCGCUGUGUUCGGCCACAGCUGCCCUCAGCGUGCGAGUGCUGGACGCCAACGACCACAGCCCUGCCUUCCCCCAGGGCGCCGUGGCCGAGGUGGAGCUGGCUGAGGACGCGCCCGUGGGCUCGCUGCUGCUCGACCUGGACGCGGCCGACCCCGACGAGGGCCCCAAUGGCGACGUGGUGUUCUCCUUUGGCACCCGCACUCCUCCCGAAGCGCGCCGCCUCUUCCGGCUUGACCCGCGCUCCGGCCGCCUCACCCUAGCCGGGCCAGUGGACUAUGAGCGCCAGGACACCUACGAGCUGGACGUGAGGGCGCAGGACCGCGGCCCAGGGCCCCGCACCGCCACCUGCAAGGUCAUCGUGCGCAUCCGCGACGUCAACGACAAUGCGCCCGACAUUGCCAUCACCCCACUGGCUGCUCCGGGCGACCCCGCCACCUCGCCCUUCUCCGCGGCCGCGGCCGCCGCCGCUCUCGGGGGCACGGACGCGACUUCUUCGAGUGGUUCUGGGGCGCCAGAGACCAGCGCCACCUCACUGGUGCCCGAGGGGGCGGCGCGAGAGAGCCUAGUGGCCCUGGUCAGCACCUCGGACAGGGACUCGGGCGCCAACGGACAGGUGCGCUGCGCCCUCUAUGGGCACGAGCACUUUCGGCUGCAGCCGGCCUACGCUGGCAGCUAUCUGGUGGUGACAGCAGCGUCGCUGGACCGUGAGCGCAUCGCUGAGUAUAAUCUGACCCUCGUGGCUGAGGACCGCGGCGCACCCCCGCUGCGCACCGUGCGACCCUACACUGUGCGCGUGGGUGACGAGAACGACAAUGCGCCGGUCUUCACGCGGCCAGUCUAUGAAGUCUCGGUCCGCGAGAAUAACCCUCCUGGCGCCUAUCUGGCCACGGUGGCUGCUCGGGACGCAGACCUGGGCCGCAAUGGCCAGGUCACCUAUCGGCUGCUGGAAGCCGAGGUGGGCCGCGGCGGGGGGGCUGUGUCCACCUACGUUUCUGUUGACCCAGCCACUGGGGCCAUUUAUGCUCUGCGCAGCUUUGACUAUGAGGCGCUGCGCCAACUCGACGUGCGCAUUCAGGCCAGCGACGGUGGCACCCCUCAGCUCUCCAGCACUGCCCUGGUGCAAGUGCGAGUUCUGGACCAGAACGAUCACGCGCCAGUCCUGGUGCACCCGGCGCCAGCCAACGGCUCCCUGGAAGUGGCAGUGCCUGGACGCAUGGCAAGGGACUCAGCAGUGGCGCGCAUUCAGGCCCGGGACGCGGACGAGGGCGCCAACGGGGAGCUGUCUUUUGAUCUGCUGCAGCAGGAGCCACGCGAAGCCUUCGCCAUUGGCCGCCGCACGGGGGAGAUCGUGCUCACCGGCGACCUCUCCCAGGAGCCGCCCGGCCGCGUGUUCCGGGCGCUGCUGGUGGUUUCCGACGGCGGGCGCCCUCCUCUCUCCACCAGCGCCACGGUCAGCUUCGUAGUAACAGCAGGCGGCGGGCGCGGGUCCGAGAGUCCUGCUAGCGCAGGGGGCACGGAGCGCUCCCGGCCGGCCGGCUCUCGGCUCGGGGCGUCGGGGCCGGCGCUGCAAUGGGACACGCCGCUGAUCGUCAUCAUCGUACUGGCGGGGAGCUGCACGCUGCUGCUAGCCGCCAUCAUCGCCAUCGCUACCACCUGCAACCGCCGCAAGAAGGAGGUGCGCAAAGGGGGGGCGCUCCGGGAAGAGCGGCCCGGGGCGGCGGGCGGCGGAUCCUCGGCUCCCGGCUCCCCGGAGGAGGCCGCCCGGGGAGCUGGGCCCAGGCCCAACAUGUUCGACGUGCUCACCUUCCCUGGCAGCGGCAAAGCGCCCUUUGGCAGCCCCGCGGCCGACGCGCCCCCGCCCGCGGCCGCCGCGGCCGAAGUGCCGGGCUCGGAGGGCGGCAGCGCCACUGGGGAAAGCGCCUGUCACUUCGAGGGGCAGCAGCGGCUCCGCGGCGCGCACGCCGAGCCCUACGGCGCGUCUCCCGGCUUCGGGAAGGAGUCAGCGCCCCCUGUGGCAGUCUGGAAGGGGCACUCGUUCAACACCAUCUCUGGGCGAGAAGCGGAGAAGUUCAGCGGCAAAGAUAGCGGCAAAGGGGACAGUGACUUCAAUGACAGCGAUUCCGACAUCAGCGGGGACGCUCUUAAAAAAGAUCUCAUCAACCACAUGCAGAGUGGACUGUGGGCGUGCACUGCGGAGUGCAAGAUCCUGGGCCACUCUGACCGCUGCUGGAGUCCCUCUUGCGGGGGACCUAAUGCAGCUCCCCUACAUCACCCACCUGCGCAGAUGUCCACCUUCUGUAAGAGCACGUCUCUGCCUCGGGAUCCCCUGCGCAGGGACAAUUACUACCAGGCCCAGCUGCCUAAGACAGUGGGACUGCAAAGCGUCUAUGAAAAAGUGCUGCACAGAGACUAUGACAGGACUCUGCUCUCCCCUCCCCGCCCGGGGAGGCUCCCAGACCUGCAGGAGAUCAGCGUACCCCUCUACCAGUCCCCCCCUGGAAGGUACCUGUCCCCGAAGAAGGGGGACAAUGAAAAUGUGUAA